AUGUAUACUGCAGACUCGAUGAUAUUGAAGUUCCCACAGUUACACAAUGUUAACAUCAAUGUUGAUAAACUAGCUUCUCAAAUAUACCAGCCUAUUUCAACUGACAAACUAAGGCAAACAAUGAUACAAAUUGCAAAUUCAAUCCAUGUUGCAAAAGUUGAUGAGUUUGCUAAGCUUGCCUGUACCUGUGUUGCCAUUGAUGAGGGGAAGACUCAGCAGUUUCACAAUCUGGACUUCUCCCUCACAAAUCCUCUGCAAAGCAAGCGGCCCUAUCCUGUUGAGUCAAUCCAAAUGAAUGGUGGAACAUCUGAAGAUUAUAUCCACUCGCUUACUCAAGGAUUUAACAGAAUCUUCAUUAGAGAUGUUAAGAUCAGCAGUGUAGUUUGCGAUGGCAAUAAAGCGCAAUUGAAAUGUUUUCAGAAAGGAUGGAAUCAAUCGUUCUACAACUCAAAUGACCCAAGGUUAUUCAAAAUCUUGUUUAUCCCGUGUUUAUGCCACAGGAUUCAUAAUUGUUAUCAAUAUAUGACAACAAAAGACGUAGCAUUAGGAGCAAUUGUGAAACAUAUCCACGAAAUAUCAGCUCUUUGUAGAAUCCAUGUUGAAGACAUCGGAGCUCUCUGUCCAAAGCAUGUAUCCACCAGGUGGAUCUAUGAUUAUAAUAUUUGUAUGUUUAUUAUCAAGUAUCAAGACAAAAUUUCAAGAUAUACGCGUAUUGAUAUUGAAAACAUCAAGUUCUUAAGAGACUGCUUGGCAAUUCUCAAGAAGCUUAUUUCCACGUUCGAAUCAGAUAAAACCAAGAUAUCUGAUUGCUACGUAUGG